AUGGAUAGCUGGGGGUAUGGUCACCUGUGGACGCGGGACGAUGCCGGCGGCGUAACGACUGGUGAUGGAUAUGGCGCGAGCGACUCAUUACGAGGCCCCUACAAGGCCACGAGCAACUCGACGUCGGCCAUCAUCAACCAAUUCCGUUUUCAGUCCGCGAAAUCGAUCCGAACCUCGACCAUUAUUCUCGCCGUCUUCAACGUAAUCGCCGCCUUCGCAACAGCAGUUGGAAUCUUUUGGGACGGAUAUGCAACGGCAAAGAGAAACAAUCAGAAGUUUGGGUUCAGAACGCAUGGUUUCACGUUUGUUGGACCUGCCGAGUCCUUCCCUCUGAUUCUCUCUGUCGGUAUUGUCGUCCAGGGCAUCGUCUUCGCCGUUGCACAGUCGACUGGACUCGACCACCUCUUGACCCUGGGGUGCACCAUCACCUCCCAGAUGAUGCUGCCCGCGGUCUUCAUUGUUCCCUACAUUCAACUAGUAUUCGCCCUAGAGGUGGCUUUCCGGUCUCUGCGAAAGAACCCAUUGCCGCCUCGUAGCAAGUGGAACGUCACUAUCUGCCUAGCCAUCGUCGGCACUUUUCUCCUUGUUACCUAUCUCGUUACUCUCUUUGUCCGCCCUCCCAAUUUCUGCUUCGCCUCGCUCUUCUGGUUCGUUCAGCGCUGGAAGGAGGGAUGCUUUGUUAUCCUUACCUUUAUCUCGGUGGCACUUCUUGCCUCGACUCUCGUCAUUUUCUUCCGACUACACAACAAUGCCAGAAUCGAGAACAGCGAGCGUAUUGCUGCUUCCAGGAUGGUCUACUUCCUGGCUGUCGCCUUCAUCUCAACUACUCUUCUCAUCCCCUUCUUCUUCAACCUCUCCUUUACGGACCAGCAGAGUGCCACUGGGCAGGCUCUUACGCUCUCCAUGAUUGCCUCUGUUGUUGCCAACGUGUCUGGCCUAAUGACUGGCGGCCUGCACCUAUUUCUUCGAUCAAACACUCUCUCUACCAUCGGCCCCCGCCAAAGUGAAAAGUGGGAGUCCGAGCGUAAUAAGCUCAAGGCCGGCAUUCGUGUCUAUAAUGGCGAUGACGACUACGAAAACCACAUGAUGAACCCUGUCGGUCGUGCCCGAUCCCUCCGACGAAUGGACAGCACCGAGAGCCUGGUGCCCGAGAAGGAGGAAGAGGCCCGCAUUGAGAGCCCUUCCGGCUCGCCUACUUACGCCAAUCCUCUCCGAUCGAAUGCUGUAUGGGAGCCGGUCCGUUCUCCUUUGAGAACGCCCGAGCCCGUGCAGGUCCCGACCUAUCAGGUCCCAAAGGCCCACGCCCGCAAGAGAUCCUACUCCUUGUUCCCGUCCGAACAGCAAAACAACACCAAGUCAGUCACUCUGCUCCCGGCCAAGACAUACGCCCCGGCGCGAGGAUGCCCGAUCCAGAACCGAGGAUGCUUGAUCAGGACGACAUAA